AUGCAUCUCUCUAUUCUCCCCCCCCUCUUAGCACCGCUAUUAUGUGCGGUCGGGGUCCUCUCGCAAGGCUCCACGGAGGAUGUAUCAGUCCUGGCCAGCGAGGCCGCGAGAGCCAACAACCAGUCACUUCUCUGGGGUCCUUACAAGCCCAAUCUGUACUUUGGAGUCGGUCCUCGAAUUCCGAACAGUCUUUCCGCAGGUUUGAUGUGGGCAAAAGUGGACAAUUUCGCUACUGCGCAACAAAACUUUAGACACACCUGCGAACAAAAUGACGGAAUGGCAGGCUAUGGCUGGGACGAGUACGAUAUCCGAAAGGGCGGGCGCGAAACAAUUCACGAUGCCGGAAACUCUCUCGAUUUGACAAUUGAUUUCAUCAAGGUCCCUGGAGGACAGCACGGAGGCAGCUGGGCUGCUAGGGUGAAAGGUGUUCCUCGUGAUGAUGCCUUACCCGACCAGCCGGUAACGAUUGUCUUCUAUAGUGGAUUGGAAGGGCUAGGAAAUCUAGGUGUCACCACAGAAAGCGAAGAUCCUCGAGGAUUCGAAGACGAUGUUAAGCUCUCUGGCUACACUUCUGAUCUUGGAGACUUUACAAUUGAUAUAACUACGGGUGCUAAGACCAAUGCGUAUCCUCAGCAUGAUCAUCCCUCAUAUGAAGACAAGCCAUUAGAUCGGACCUUCGUAGCCAGUUUAUCAGUACAGCCAGAGCACAUCUGGCAGUCAAAGAUGAUUCUAUUCUCUCAGAUGAAGAAGGCAGUUGAUGAAUGCAUCGGGAAAUAUGGAGCGGAGGAUCCUCCUCCACCGCCGCAGGUUUUCACCAUCAACAAUGCUCCAGGCGACGGUAAUGUCCAGUACGUGCAGAAGGUUUUUGCAGGGGCUUUUGAGUUCGAUAUUCUUUUCUCCUCGGGAUCUGCGCCACAACCUCUCACUUCCGAGACAAUUACACGCGAGAUCGAAAGCACCUCUCUCUCCUUCGCCGAGAGGUUUGAGAAGAUCCUCUCUCCCCAAGCCCCCUUCAACUCGCCCAAGUACCUUGAGUUCUCUAAAUCAAUGUUCUCAAACCUUGUUGGCGGUAUCGGCUUUUUCCACGGCUCUGAUCUGGUGGACCGUUCUGCUGCAUCAGCGUAUGAUGAAGAAGAUGAGGGUUUCUGGGAAGAAGCUGCGGAGGCUAGAGCCCGGGCACAGCCUGUGAUGGAAGGGCCAAAGGAUCUCUUUACCUGUGUACCUUCCCGCCCUUUUUUCCCGAGGGGAUUUCUCUGGGAUGAAGGUUUCCAUUUGCUUCUCGUUAUUGAUUGGGAUACUGAUCUCGCGCUUGAGAUCGUGAAAAGUUGGUUUAAUCUCAUGGAUGAAAACGGUUGGAUUGCUAGGGAGCAAAUCUUAGGUGCCGAGGCUCGAAGCAAAGUUCCAGCUGAGUUCACAGUUCAGUACCCUCAUUAUGCCAAUCCCCCGACCCUCUUCCUAGUUGUCGAGGCGUUUGUCGACAAACUUGAUGCUCAGAAGAAGAACAGCUCGAUUGGGAUAUUUGCCGAAGACGAUAACACAGAGAGCCUUCGUUCUGCUUUCCUAAAGCAUCCGGAGUUGGGAGAGGCCUACAUGCGCUCGAUUUACCCUCUACUAAAGACGCAUUAUUUCUGGUACAGAUCCACUCAAACUGGGGAUAUUACGUCUUAUGACCGGGAGGCGUUUUCCACCAAGGAGGCAUACCGCUGGCGUGGGCGGACUGUCCAACACAUCCUAACUUCCGGCCUCGAUGAUUACCCUCGACCUCAGCCUCCGCACCCAGGUGAACUCCACGCUGAUCUUAUCAGUUGGAUGGGUAUGAUGACCCGCACUCUUCGCCGUAUUGCCAAUGCCCUUGGAGAGACUGAAGAUGCCGAGAUGUUCCAAAACUAUGAAACCGCUAUCGCACGAAACAUCGACGAUCUUCAUUGGGAUGACGGAGCACAGACGUACUGCGAUGCUACAAUCGACGAGUAUGAAGAGUCCGUUCAUGUUUGCCAUAAAGGAUACGUUUCCAUUUCCCCCUUCUUGACAGGUAUGGUGGGCCCCGACAGCCCGCGGUUGAAGGCAAUGCUGGACCUCAUUGAGGACCCGGAGGAACUCUGGAGUGACUACGGUAUCCGGAGCUUGAGCAAGCGGGACGAACUAUAUGGAACAGCGGAGAACUAUUGGAGGGGCCCUGUUUGGAUGAAUAUCAACUAUCUAGUUCUUAAGAACUUACAUGAUACCGCAACUGCACCCGGCCCUCAACAGGAACGGGCCCGUGUGAUGUACUCCAAGCUCAGAAAGAAUUUGGUCGAGAAUGUCUUCCGAGAAUGGAAGAAGUCUGGAUUUGCAUGGGAACAGUAUAACCCUGAGACAGGAAACGGACAGCGGAUACAGCAUUUUACUGGGUGGACUAGCCUGGUAGCCAAAAUGAUGUCCAUGCCCGACCUCCCCGCCAGCGGAAAGAAGGGCCAUGACGAGCUUUAG